AUGCCCGGGGAGAAUUUCAAGCGCUGCCAGAGUCACCUCUGCUACGUUGCAGUAGAUGUUGCUACCAGCAAGAACACCGUAAUCGGCAUCAUUCGAACGGUUAUACCCGAUAAGGACAUCGACGAAGAUUUAGACCAUCUAAUCAGAGAGAAAAUUCCCAAAGCCGAUAAAAAAGGCGAAAUAGGUCACGUUGAAUUGGUUGAAGUGCUGGAAGACUGGCGUAGGAAGGGUGUUGCCACAGCUCUCAUCAACCAUACAUUCAAAUAUAUCGGUAUGAAAAUGCCCAAGGUCGUUGCCAUGUAUCUCAUUGUGAAUCCUCUCUCCAAAGGAGCUGUUGAACUUUACAAGAAAACCAAGUUUCAGUUCAUCAUAAAAGAUGGAAUAUGCGACAUUUAUGCUCGUUAUGAUUUCACGUGA